UUUCUACCUUCACCUACUUCCUUUGUCUUUACCCAUUUUCCUUCCCGAACACAUAUAGGUUCUAGUACCUCAGUUAGAUCAAGUAUAGCUGUGAAACCCUCUCAGUCAGCUCCUUAUCCAGAUGAUACUAUAGGAAAAAAUGGUCGACUGCAUGUAUCAAACUCAUCUACUCUGACU